AUGUGUGUAAAUCCUGCGGUGGCAAGAUCGGCGCAAUCUGAGUCGCAGAGCUGGCCUGAAAUCCAUUUCCUGGUUGCGCGUGAGUACCUGGUUGCUGGCGAAGGAUUCGCCAUCUACACACCAAAAUAA